AUGGCGGACACUGUAAUGGGAGAUGACGCCCACAACCCACACAUAGAACAGCCGGACCUGAGGGAUAGCUCUGCCCCAGUCAAUGCUUCUGUUGCUACAGUAGCGACGGAGGCUCCGAAAGAUGAUGAAAGUGACUUUUAUAAUACACCUUUGAACGCAGGGACCGCCCUUCCGCCGAAUAAUGUUGUUUCUACGAAGGACGAAGUAAUGACAGAGGAAAGAUCCGAGUCACCGCACGCUACGAUCCCGGGUCUUAGCCUGUGCAGUGAAGAAAGGCGCCCGGGUAGCGGCAUCCCUCCGCAGCAAACCCCGUCUGAACCUGCUCAGAACACAAUAGAGACUGCUUCCGAGAAAGCUAGUGCAACUGAUACAGUCAUGUCUAGUGAUGGCACAGAGGGUUCCAAGGCAACUGAUUCCGGAACUGUUGGUGUUUCUAGUGCUAAAGAGGCGUUGGAUACAGUACCCAGUGCUCCCAGAACUGCUGAUGAUGAUAUUGCUGCGCUUGCGGCUGAGAUGAUCGAAGGAAUACCGCCUACCGUUGAUAGAGGUGACCAACCUCAAGAGGACGAUCAUCCAGAGUGGGAAGUCGAUUCGUCUCCAUACGAAUCGUCUUCAGACUCCUCUACCGAUUCUAGCUCUAGUGAUUCUAGUGACAAUGAAGACGAUGACGAUGACUACGAACUCCUUGAUCCUGAAGAACAGGCUCGAUUAUUGAUGGCUACUGAAGGAGGGUCUGAUGAUGAAGGUAGCAGCGGAAGGGCGGCAGCGGCUGAAGUCAGGACGGCGAACGAAAAACCGGACGAAGUUGUGCCAAUGCCAGAUAUUACCAUUACCCCUGAAAUGAAAAUUGAAAUGUUAGGGAACAUUGAGACUAUUGUCGACAAUGUCGUGUUGGUCCUGGAGAGUGGCUCAGUCCUGUGCUCGGUCAACUUGAAGGUUAUCGGGGUAGUGUCUGAAACACUUGGCCGUGUUCAACAGCCCUUGUAUACUGUUCGAUUCCCCAAUGCGGAGGCAGUCAAAGAAGCGGGCCUGGAGAAAGAAACUCCUGUGUUUUACGUUGUGGACCACUCGACCUUCGUUUUUACGGAACCACUCAAGGGCCUCAAGGGGAGCGACGCAUCGAACUUACAUGACGAAGAAGUAGGAGACGAGGAGAUAGAAUUCUCUGACGACGAAGCUGAAGCUGAAUAUAAGCGGCAGCUCAAACUCAAGCGUCAGGCAAAACGUGAAGGAAAAGUUGAACGUGGAGGAGGCAGCAAAGGGAAAGGAUCGGCCCUGCCGCCGUCAAAUCUACGACAUUCUGAACUCAACUAUGAUGAUAAUAGCGUAGAUAACGACGGAUAUACCCGCCUCUUGCGGCCUCAAAACCUGCAUGAGCUCAUGGGAAGUGAAGCUCCUAUGGAAAUGCCGCACCCCGCUGACCAACAUGGCGAAAGAUCAUUCCGCGGUGGUAGAGGCCGGGGCCGUGGAAGGGGUAACGACCGAAGUGGACGCGGAGGCCGAGGUGGAAGGGGAGGGUAUGAUAGGGGAAGCAGACAGUCUUCUCAGGGCCAGGGUAAUCGACAAAGUCAACCACAGCACGCUGAGUAUUCACCACAACAACACCCUUCUUACCAACAAAAUCCGUACCAGCAGCCGUCCAACCCGCCUCUCCCACAUCAAUCUCAACCACAAGCCUCUGGUAACAUGCCUAAUAAUUUCGGGAACAACAGCAGCGGACCCUAUCAGCCUACUUUUCCAUCAGGGGCAUUCCAACCUCAAGGCCUUCCACAAUAUCCUUUUCAAUUCUCUCCUCCUUCCAAUUCCCCCCAGCCUAUGUUCCAAUACCCUCCUCCCGGAUCGCAUAUCAAUCCUGCUUUUUUCCUAGCCAUGCAGCAACAGCAACAGCAACAGCAACAGCAAGGCACAUAUUAUCCUGCGCAAACUCAGCCGGCCCCGGCACAAAAUCAGGGCCUCCCGAAUGCAUCAGUUGACUCCGUUGCAGCAGUGCAAGCUCAGCUAGAUAUUCUAAAACGUCUAACCAAUGGAGCUAACAGCGCUAAUGGAAGCUUGGGUAAUUAG